AUGCUUUGCCCACUUCGCAAUUUUUCCAAAAGAUUUUGUGUUUGGAAAGGACCAACUAAUCCAACUCUGGAUGGCAAAAGGUUUCUUCGUCUAUGUCAAGAGAUCCCUGUGAAUAUGGAAGACGUUGGGAACAGGUAUUUUCAACUUUUAUUGCAAUAUUCCUGGCUGCAAGAUGUUGAGUUAGAUGAGCACAACAAUAUAAGAUACUGUAAGAUGCAUGAUCUUGUGCCUGAUUUGGCUGGAGAUAUUUUGAAAUCUAAACUAUUUGAUCAAAAGAGUGUCGAAGGAGAAAAUCUUUCUCAAGUUCGAUACUUUGGAUGGGACUCACCAAGUGAUCAAAUUGAUAUGAUAAAUGAGCCAGGACAGAAGAAGGCACAUCUACAAGAGAAACCAGAUAUCUUCAAGUUGGCAUAUUUAUGGUCCCAUGAUGAAUUAGAAGACUGUGAGGUCAAUGAUGAGUAUGUUCUGGAUGGUCUUCAACUACAUCCUAACUUGAAAAAAUUAGUGGUAGUGAACUAUUUAAGGACUAGAUUUCCGUCAUGGUUCAGUGAAGAAUUGUUACCAAAUUUAGUGGAGUUGAAAUUAAGUGGUUGCAGAAAGUGCAAGGAAAUUCCAUCGCUUGGCCAACUUAAACUCCUUCGGCAUCUUGAGCUGAUAGGAUUCCAUGAGUUGAAAUGUAUCGGACCUACAUUUUAUGGUGUUGAAGUUAACAAAAACGCCAAUAUCCAAGUGUUCCCGUUACUCAAAGAACUAGUAUUGUGGAAUAUGCCUAGACUUACUGAGUGGAAGGAAGUGCAACCGUUAUCAACAAGAAAUGAUGGUAGAGAUGGAGUUGGAGUAAGAAUAUUUCCCGGGCUGGAGAAGUUGUGGAUUAGUAACUGUCCGUUGUUAAAAAGUAUUCCGAAUCAAUUUGAAAUACUGCGUGAAUUUAGCAUCAAUGGAAAUCAGAUACUUGAAUUCGGAAUUGAGGUUCUUCUCUUGAAACAUUAA